AUGUGUCUUGUUUAAAUGCUUGAAUUUCUGCACAGCCUGAUCCAAGAAGUAUACUUAGAGAUGCCGAGCAACGAGUACACGCUUCGAUGUUGUCUAAAGUGCGGCGACUUAAUCAAGGAAAUUCCCAUCAAGUGCGUUGGCACUUGCGACAGUGUCUGCCAUGUUCGCUGCUCUGGUCUUACAGAGCAACAGCUUCACAAUAUGGAAAACAUCGGCUGGCGCUGUAAUAGUUGCAUCGAGGAAAGUCAAAGAAAGCACUCUCUAAAGCUGGAGUCUUUGGUCAAGCAGCAUGAGAAGCGUUUGGAAGUCCUGGAGCAGGGCAUGAGUAGCACAUUAAAUAACUCUCGUGGGACGCCAAUUUUGUGUCCAUUUCUGCCACACUGCCACAUCAGUCGGAAGGCCAUCAUAAUAACGGCCAUAAUCAUGGGAUUAACCAUGGUAAUCGGGGCCAUACUGGCAGUCAUAUUUGGCAUGACGGCAUUGAAAAUGUCACUGCAGGUAAUCAGUGUAGACGGCUGGGGUGGACGACAGUCAAGGAAUGUUUUGACUCCUCUCAACUUACCCGUGCAUCGAGUGAUUAUUUCACACACCGCCGCCGAAGGAUGUGAAUCCGAGGAUAUUUGUGCCGCUCGAGUUCGUUUGGUGCAAAAUUUUCACAUGGAUGGUUAUCAAUGGGAUCAAAUUGGCUACAAUUUCCUAAUUGGUGGCGAUGGAUUGGUGUAUGAGGGCCGCGGCUGGGAUUCUCGGGGAAGUCAUACCAUGGGCUACAAUAUCGAUAGCAUUGGCAUCGCUUUUAUGGGCACCUUCACCAAGAUCUCUCCUACGGAGCGGCAGCUGGUAGCUUGCCAACUCCUGCUUGAGGAGGGCGAGCGCCUCAAGAAACUAGUGUCGGACUACAGACUGUAUGGACAUCGACAGCUGAGUGCCACUGAGAGUCCGGGUGAUAUACUUUAUGGCAUCAUACAGAAAUGGCCACACUGGACUAAUCGUACUCUAUAGUUUAAGCUUGUAAAUGCUAUUUUAGGUAUCUUUUUUAAUUAAUAAAAAUUAUGACAAUAAAAGAAUUUCUU